CAGUGCAGGAGGCAGCGUCGCGACGCCGACACCUCCGCCGUCACGCCGCGCCGCUCUCGAUCCGACGUUGCUCAGGUAAUGGCAGACUAAGCGGCAGUAAAAACAGGAGCUUCCACCCGAAAAAUGGACCAAUGCUCGUCACAAGAGUACGUUUCUGGGUGUUGGCGUUCCUCCUGUUCGUCUAUUUAGCCGGCGUCCUCAUCCUGUCCGCCGUCACCUUCCACGAUCCGGGAUCCGGCGCCGGAAACUCCAAGGGCACGGAUUAUACACUUCACGCUUCCAGACUGAAACACUUCGAGUACGCUGUUCCCGGUUUCAGACCGCCCUUGAAACGCUCGAAGAUCCAAUGGUGCGGCAACUUACAAUACUUCGAUCCUCCUAGAAGCCCCAUAGCAUUGGCCUCGUUCCCUGGAAGCGGCAACACUUGGUUGCGCUACCUCUUGCAACAAUCCACUGGUAUAUACACAGGAUCAGUAUACAAAGACUACGGCCUACUGAAGAACGGUUUUCCUGCCGAGAGCGUCACCAAUGGUUCAGUACUUGUGGUGAAGACGCACGAAUGGGGACCAACUGCCCGAUCUAAGUUCGCCAAAGCAAUUCUACUAAUCAGGACACCGGGUGCGGCCAUACAGGCCGAGUUCAACCGUCAAAGUGGCGGUCACAUCGGCUUCGCCUCCCCCGACCGCUAUAAAAGAACCAAGGGGAAAUAUUGGCAACAGUUCGUGACGGACAAGCUCCAAGGCUGGAAACUCAUGAACCUGGACUGGCUGUACAACUUCACCGGUCCCACGCACGUGAUCUUCUACGAGCAGCUGGUGGAGAACACGGAGCACACCCUACGCUCCAUACUGGAGUUCAUGGAGGUACCCAUCCAGCCCCGUUUCAAAUGCGCCGUCGAACGCAAGGAGGGCAUCUACCGCAGGAAGAAACGGGUGCUGAACUUCGACCCGUACACGGCCAAGAUGAAGAAGAUGCUGGAGGAGGUGCGGACGACCGUCUACGAUGCGAUCUACAGCUUCGCAUCUCCGGCCCCGAUGAGAUGAUGGCGCCCGUUGGAAUUACACGCAUGACAAUAACUCGAAUCGUAAAAAAGGGUAAAUUGCGAGCAAUGUUUUUCUUAUUGAUUUGUUUUUGUGUAUGAGGGAGGGAUUGGGGUUUAGUGAAUUUAGGUUUUAGGAUGUUUCGUUUCACAUCGAACUCACAUAAUCAUGUUGUCGUUUUUAGUUUUACUAGACAGGGUAAAUCAGGUCGUGUUGUAUUUCGGGUACUGUUAACGUGACUGGGCCACGUUGAUUGUUUUUGAAGGUGCGAUAAAACAACUCUCGAUAGAAAUGAAGUAGGUUAGUGUUAGAUAAUUUUACACACCGAUUAUUGUUUGCCAAAAAGUUUCUUAUUGUGUGGUAGAAACGUAUGAACUCGGUGAUAAUUUUAUUUGUCGGUGUUUUCGUAUUAAAACAGUACAAGUUUUGUUGUAAGUUACUUCUAGAUCUUUUUAUACGGUUUAUAUUGCUGUGUACUUUUGCGCAGACUUUUUACACUACAGACAUUUCCUAUACUUUGUGAUUUACUUUUUCUUGUUACAUAAUAACAAAUACAGAUUUUAAACAA